AUGUCAGAAGAAGAGGUCAAACACACAGUUAUAGAAACCAAUGAAGUUGUCCGUGGGGUCGACCAAGAUGGAAACACAAUGGUAAACCAGUACUCGAUCAUCAAAAACCUUGGAGAAGGAGCAUUUGGAAAGGUAAAGCUCUGCAAAAAAGGAGCUGAGCUUUAUGCUGUCAAAAUCUAUAACAAAGCGCUGCUUCGCAAAAAGAGAGAUUACUACAGGAAUGAAGACGGCGGGAUGACUGUCACCAAUGCUCUACAGGACGUAGCGAAAGAAAUUGCGCUGAUGAAAAAAUUAAACCAUGUUAAUGUGGUUUCUCUAUAUGAAGUAAUUGAUGAUGAAGAUAGAGACAAACUCUACAUGAUCAUGGAUUUCUGUGGGAAAGGCGCUAUUAUGGAGUGGGAUGCUGAUAAUGAGACGUUUUAUUUCCCUUGGAACUCUUCUGGAGUUAUCAGAGAACAGCAAAUUAGAAAAUUUUUUAGAGACAUGGUAUGUGGACUGGAGUAUUUGCACUAUCAUAAUAUUAUCCAUAGAGAUAUAGCGUAGGCAUUUAUUUAGAAGUUUAGAAAAAUAUACCCGAAAGGAAAAUGACUUUAAAAGCGUCCUUUUUGUUUCUGAAGAAAAAAUAGCAAACUCGAAUUUGCUAAUUUUACUUUUGCUUAGCUUAUAAAAAUGCCUUUCUUAAAGUCAUUUUUCAUUUUUUAAGUUUUAUUUAUCAGAAAUAUAAAAGAAGAGUUACGCUAUAUUAAACCACAAAAUAUUUUACUGACUGAUGAAUGGAAUGUAAAAAUUGGAGAUUUUGGUCAAGCUCAUAUAUUUGGGGAAAGUGAUGUAGAAAGCAGAACCUUAGGGACUUAUCAGUUUUUCCCACCUGAGUGCUGCUCACCUGAAACUGAAGGUUUUUCAGGAAAAUCAGCUGAUAUUUGGGCGUUGGGGCUUACAUUAUAUGCAAUGAUUUAUAAAAACUUGCCUUAUUCAGCAGGAGAUUCUCUUUUAUCAAUCUUUGAUGCAAUCCAAAACUUUGAGCUAACAUUUGAUCAAACAGUGGAAAUUUCACCCCAGCUGCAAAAUUUAUUGGUUAGAUUACUGGACAAAAAUCCUGAAACAAGAAUAAAGAUGUAUGAAUUGCUUCAAGAUCCGUGGAUUAAUAUGGACUGUCAUCCUCUACUUCCAACCACAGAACCAAUUAUCGCCCCAACUGAGGAAGAAAUCACUCAAGCUGUAAAGCCAAUUAGAGCAAUGGUUAUAGCUGUAAGAUUUAUAUAGAAAUUAUAUGGAAGAAAAUGGAAAAACCAAGCUAAAAAGAAGGCUGAAAAUAAAUAG